AUGCCAUUAUUCCACGGGAUCCAACGGACCGCCUUUGCCGCUCCAGCUGGAGGUGGCUUUGGUGGAGGGGGCGGGUCUGUGAAGAAAAGCAAGAAGAAAGCAAAGACGAAAAAGUCCAAAAGCCUUCUAUCUGAAGUGGAGGUUGUCAAGACUUCUCCCAAGAAAUCGAAUUUGGAUACUCCUGACAAUACGCAAGCAGGGGAGCCCAAACUGGACAAAUGGGGACUUCCCGUCCCCACAACAGAUGAUAUUUUCCCUCCCAUGCCACCAGGGACCGAGCUCAUUUCAGUCGACAACACAAAAGAAGAGGUUACCUUGUCGGAUAUUAGCAAUGCUCUGAAAAAUCACAUUGAACUCUCCAAGCUCACGGAACGCUUCGACGAACAAGGCGUGGAAAAGGGAGAUCCAAAAGGCCGACCGCCCAUGAAAUUGGGGCUCCUUCAUCGGUCUCCUCCCGUGUUGACGGUGGAAAACUUUUUCACCAAAGAGGAAUGUGAACAGGUGCAAAACGUGGCUCUGGCAUCCGACGAAAACGGACCCGUGCAGGUACAAUCGGCUACCUUUUCGGCUCUGGCACAAUCCAAACGCACGUCUACUUCGUGGUUUUGCUACUAUUCACAAGUCCCAACAUUGUUAGCCAAAGCACGUCACGUACUCGGGAUACCCACCCUGGAACAAAUGGAAGAACCUCAAAUUGUUCGCUACAAGGUAGGCGAAGAGUUCUCCUGGCAUUACGAUGAAGUUCCAGGCCCGCAACUCAAGAAUGGAGGACAACGCUUGGCAACACUGCUGGUGUACUUAAAUGAUGUGGCACAAGGAGGAGGAACUGUGUUCCGAGACUUGCAAGAUGGCAGCACGGGAGAGAUGCUGACCAUGCGACCAAAGCUUGGAUCGGCUCUGCUGUUCUUCCCCGCCUUUGGGGAUGGAACACCGGAUGAUAGGACAUUGCACAAAGGAGAAGUCGCCGGAGACGAAAAGUGGAUCAUUCAAAUGUGGAUCCACGAACGAGGGUAUGUCGCUUCUUUGCCAGAGAGCAAUUAUCAGGAAUCAGCACAACAAUCUGUUAAUGAUGUGGCAGCCUCAUUGGGCUACAGAUAG